AUGCGUGCUGUUCAAGUCAAAGAAUAUGUUAAGGGCCCUGGUGAUCUCACCGUCACCGAAGUCCCCACCCCCAGCCCAUCGCCAGACAAAUACCUCAUUCAAAUCCACUCCGCCGGCACCAACUUCUUCGACAUCCUCCAGAUCCAAGGCAAAUACCAACAUCAACCUCCCCUCCCCUGGAUCGGUGGUGCCGAGUUUGCAGGAACCAUCCUCGCUCUCCCCACCAACUCCUCCUCCACUUCCUCCCGUUUCCGCGUCGGCGAUCGCGUCUUCGGCGCCACCCAAGGCGCCUACGCAACCCACAUUCUUGCGCCGGAAAACACCCUGCUCCCGAUCCCGGAGGGCUGGAGCUUCGAAGAUGCAGCCGGUCUGUUCGUCACCGCCCCAACCUCGUACGGCGGCCUGGUGCAGCGCGCAGGCGUCAAGCCCGGUGACUGGGUGCUGGUUCACGCUGCGGCUGGAGGCGUCGGGUUAGCCGCGGUACAGAUUGCCAAGGCCAAGGGGGCGACGGUGAUUGCGACGGCGGGGACGCCGCGUAAGCGUGAGAUUGCCAAGGAGUUUGGCGCCGACUACGUGAUUGAUUAUACCGAUGCGAAGAAGUGGGAGGAGGUGAAGGCGUUGUGUGCGCAGCACCGACAGGGCAAUGGCAAGGCGGGCGUGGAUAUUGUGUAUGAUCCCGUGGGAAUGAUCGAGGCCAGCUUGAAGUGUGUGGCGUGGAAUGCGCGCCUGUUGGUGAUUGGGUUUGCGGCGGGUAAGAUUGAAAAGGUGGCGUUGAAUCGGGUGCUGUUGAAGAAUGUGAGUCUGGUGGGAUUGCACUGGGGGCAGUAUGCCAAGUUUGAGACGGAGACGGUGGGAGAGGUUUGGAAGGGGAUUUUCGAUCUGGUGGCGCAGGGCAAGUUCCGGGGUACGGCGUUCAAGGACGAGAGUUUCUCGGGUUUGGAGAGUGUCUCCAAGGCGUUGCAGGCGCUGGGUGGGCGAGAGACGUGGGGGAAGGUGGUGGUGAAUGUGACGGGAGAUGAACAGGCGAAGAGCAAGCUAUAG